CUUGAUGCACAAGUGUUUUGACUUGCACUGACUGCUGUUGUCAUCUAGUACCGGACCACCUCAAACUACCCCUGAAGGCCAUUUUGUGUGGAUAGAAUCCAAACACGUGAUCCAAUCAGGCGACAUGGGGAAAGUGGAAGGAGGGAUGAAAUGUGUCAAAUAUCUUUUGUUCGUGUUCAACUUCAUAUUUUGGUUGAUGGGAUCCUUUGUUCUGGCAGUGGGACUGUGGCUUCGUUUUGACCCGGAAACCGUGUCCCUGCUCAACGGCGAUAAGGCUCCAGACACGUACUUCAUUGGUGUGUACAUCCUGAUAGGUGCAGGAAGUCUGGUGAUGCUGGUGGGUUUCUUCGGAUGCUGUGGAGCGGUUCGAGAAUCUCAGUGCCUGCUGGGUUCAUUCUUUGCCUGUUUGGUGAUCAUCUUUGGAGCUGAGGUGGCAGCAGGAGUGUUUGGAUUCCUGAACAAGGAUAAGAUAAUUGAAGAUGUACAAAACUUCUAUACCACAACUUACAAAGAAAAUAACAACAGCACGCUCAUCACCUCUUACCAGAAAGUGCUCAACUGCUGCGGGACACUUGCUGACAACUGUCCUGAUCAAGAACCAGAUAUAAAGGACUGCGAGGCGGGCAUCAAGGAUUUCUUCAACAGUAAACUCUACAUCAUCGGAUACGUUGGCAUCGGCAUCGCUGGCGUCAUGAUCAUCGGCAUGAUCUUCAGCAUGGUGCUCUGCUGCGCUGUACGUAACAGCAGGGAGGUCAUAUAAAGGACCCCGGAUUGGUACCAGAGAGGCCCGGAGAGACUGCACCGCUUUUAUAGAACACUAUCCAAUCCGUAUCCGAGUGAUGUAACGAUGUCUUAUGUAAGUCAGGAUCGUGGAGCGUACAUGACGAUAUCAUGUGACCAUGUUUACAGUGUCAUAAACAUAAACAAGAGUCCUAAUGACUGAUAAUAGGAACCGGGGUUGGGAAGUUCACACAUCUAAGAUUGCGUUGCCUUUGCAUACCCCAUUUAAAAAAAAAUCCUAAUUAUUGGUUCUGAGUGGAAUUUCCAUGAUGUAAAUAUUUAAUUUUGUACAUUAUAUGUGAAUGAUUUGAUUGUGCUGUGUGUAGAUAGAUAGAAGUUGAGGUUAUUUGUAGUGUACCAAAUAUUAAAUAAUAUUAAAUGUGCCUUUUGUAGAGACCACAUACUGUCUGGAUGUAGAAAAAAAAACAUAGCAAUGAUGUACAUGUGACUGUGAAAUCGGUGCACACUUUUUCCAACAAAUAUUAUGAUCGGUUUUGUGUGUCUCUUUAGUUUGUUCGACAAAAUCAAACUUUGUGGGAUUUUAAUAUAUUACACUCAACUAAAAAAUAGUUUUUGCUGCCAUAUUCAAAUAUCUAAAACAUUUUCUUUAUACACAAUUUUUCUUUUUAAUCUGUGUUACUGAGAUAAUCCAUCCUCCUCAAAGGUGUGACAUAUCAAGAUGCUAAUUGGAAAGGUUAAUUUUAGCACAGGUGUGCUUUAGUCUGGCCACAAUAAAUGGCCACACCUCAUGGAAAACGGGAUCAAAAAGGAAAGUAUUUUAUUUAUUAUGUUUGUUGAGUGUAUUUUAAUGUCACAAUAAUGACGCCAGGCUUUUUUUUUAGUGGUUGAAAUUUGAACAGGAUACAAUCCUACAACAAUCCACAAUGUCGGGCUUUUGUGUUAAUUUAUUUUCUUACCAUUUCAGGCUUCUCAGGAAAACACUGUAGGUGUUUGAAGUUUAAAUAAAGCAUUUGAAGUUUUAUACCGAUUUCAUGCAUUUUAUUUCAUUUCACAAAUAAGACACAUUGGAUCUCAAGAGUUAUGACCACAAAUAUUCCCUGCAAAAACCUUAAUGAAGAUGAGAAACAGUAUGGAAUUUAAGAAAUAAUUCAUAGCAAAAUACGAAGCUAGCGUCGGUUCUUCACUAAGAUUUUAAUGUAAAAGUAGGAAACUUUAACGCAAGUUGCAUCCCUAAUUAAAAUGCAGUAUUAAUAAAUUGAAGGCAAUGCGACUUGGAAAGUAUGGCUUCAUGGGAAAAAAUAUCAGCUACACCAGGGGUCUCAAACACGCGGCCCCGCGGGCCAAAUGUGGCCCACAGGACACUAGUUUGAGGCCCCCCGCCUUGAUAUGAAAGUUUAAUGUUUGAUAUGGAUGCUGUAUGGUAUCAUGUACCCAGAAAAAAUUAUUACGUUUGAUUCAUGUUCAUGUUAAAGGUUAAAUAACUGUUAAUAGUUAUCCUCCCUAUCCGUGUGGAAGUGGUAAGUUUUUUGGCUAUUUAAGUUGAAAGGAAAUAACUUGAAGGCUACCGUUUAGGUGGCUAGCUGUCUAGUUUGCGAGUUAGCAUGUGUCUC